UGCUCCCCUAUCGGAGUUGGUACGUUCCACACCCUGCCUUUAGCCCUUAUUGUACCCUAUGCUACUGAACAGAUUUACCGCUACGCAAACUAGCUUCCCACUGGCUUCAACCGAGCGAAAAGAUGCUCUUUUACGGGACUAAAACUAUGAAACAAACACCAAGAACUCUGGGAAAACUUUACCCAACUGUACUCAAACUUUAAUAGACUUUCAACCCAAUCCGCUUCUAGUUUCGAGUGUGUUAGCAUUGUUUUAAUCUCACCAAUAUUUCCUAUUGGACGCCUUCAUUUUUUCUUUCUUUUUUUUUAUUUCAAUUUUUUUGGAACAGUCCAGUCUGAUGAAUUCACAGAAAAAAGACGGAGACGACGAUGUUCCCGUUAAAGACCCGGUAAAAUACGGAGAACUGGUCAUUUUAGGGUACAAUGGCUGUCUGCCAAGUGGAGAUCGCGGCCGCAGAAAGAGCCGCUUUGCUCUUUACCGAAGGGCCAAGGCCAAUGGGGUCAAACCCAGUGCUGUGCACAUCCUCAACACACCGCAGGACACCAAGGCUAUUCACAGCAGGGGGCAGCACAGCAUCUCCUUCACCCUGUCCCGUAACCAAACAGUGGUGGUGGAGUAUUGCCAUGACAACAACACAGACAUGUUCCAGAUUGGACGCUCCACAGAAAGUCCCAUUGACUUUGUGGUGACCGACACUUCCGGGGGAGGGAAGGAAGGAGAGGACCCCUCCAUUGCCCCCAGCACGAUUUCCCGCUUCGCCUGCAGGGUGGUGUGCGAGCGCAACCCCCCCUACACUGCACGCAUUUACGCUGCAGGCUUUGACUCAUCCAAAAAUAUCUUCCUCGGGGAGAAAGCAACCAAAUGGAAAAAUCCCGACGGUCACAUGGACGGCCUCACCACCAACGGGGUGUUGGUGAUGCACCCAGAGGGGUUCCCGGAGGACCCAAAGCAGGGCUUGUGGAGGGAGAUUUCUGUGUGUGGAGACGUUUACGCCCUGAGGGAAACCCGCUCCGGGCCCAGCCGAGGCAAACUAGCCGAGGGUGAGAGCAGCGCUCUGCGGGACGGCUCCCUGGUUGACCUUUGCGGUGCCACUCUGUUGUGGCGUACAGGCGAAGGACUCAUGCGUGCUCCCACGCUGCGCCACCUGGAGGCGCUCCGUCAGGAACUCAAUGCUUCUCGACCCCAGUGUCCUGUAGGCCUCAGCACCCUGGCCUUUCCCAGCCUCCCGCGCAGCCACAGCCUUGAAGAGCGUCAGCCCUGGGUCUACCUCGCCUGUGGUCACGUUCAUGGACGCCACGACUGGGGCCAGAGGUCGGAAAGACAGGUGGAGCCAGCAGAGGGCGACGGGCCAACUGCCCGUCGGGAAUGCCCGCUGUGCAGAAGCGUAGGUCCCUACGUGCCCCUGUGGCUGGGCUCUGAACCUGCUGUGUACGUGGAUGCCGGAGCUCCCACUCAUGCUUUUGUGCCCUGUGGCCACGUCUGCUCAGAGAGGACAGUCAGGUACUGGGCGGAGACUCCUCUGCCCCACGGGACUCACGCAUUCAGACCCAUCUGCCCCUUCUGCUCCGCUGCCCUUAGUAAACCUGGCUGGACACGGCUCAUCUUCCAGGGCCCCAUCGACUAGCCGCGGCUCGUCAGAAACCACAGGAAGCUGCCCGGGCCUCUUUCAGGCUGCAAAGGUUGAUGAGCGUGUGGCGGUAAUUCAUCCUGCUCUGCACUCUCUGAGCAUACCACUAAGCUCUCUUAUCGUCUUGCUCUCGAAUGUAGCUCUGUGCUGACGAGUCUGUCCCCUUGUUUAUCCUUCAGUACUUCAAGGUCAGGAGUAAUCGGUGCUGAUGCAGCGUUUCCUCUAAAGUUACGUCUAAUUCCCUAUCGUGUAGAAAAAUAUAUUUUUUAUUUCACCCAAACAUCAAUUCAGUCGGAUUUGAAUAAAACAUCUCAGAAGUAACAUUAACUAUAAAAUGAUGCUCAGAUAAGAAUUUUGACUAUAUCCAUUGAAACCGCUCAGACGUGCUGUACUAUUUUUACCCCAGCUGACUUAUGUGACUUUUUUUGCACGUCUAAGGCGAAAGGCCUUGACUCACUUUGACAACAUUCGUUUGCAGCUUUUAUAAUUUCUGGCAUUUCUACGGCUGACAUUUAAACACAGUUUCUUUACAAACACAUUCUCAGCUCCGUGGUUUAAAUGAGCCAUGUUAAAGUAACACUAAGUAUUUUCCUGCCUCUCCACCCUACUGGUUGAAAGUGGAAUUACAACUGUCGUAAACAAACCUGCAUCAGCCUGCUGCAGCUAGCACUGCCAAUGAGCUAGCACUAACAUCAGCAAACUCUGUUACUUAGUAAGUCACAAAUUCAAAAUAUCCACACUGUUGGACAAAAAAUAUUAUUAUUUACAAGUCCAAUAGCAACAAAGCCAGGUCACCAUCAGUCCGUGAUUUUGUAUCCUCUUUUAGCUUGCUUUACUAGCGUAACCUGCCCCUAUGUUUGCUCCGUUUUUAGCUCUUUGCUUCGCCUCCAAAGACAUAACUCUGACCUUUACUUCCAGGCUCUACGAGGCCAACAAAAAAAGCAAACUUUUCUGCUCAGCAGAGGAAUGCAGUCGUGUCUCGAGUGAAGUGGGUAAAGUUUCUGCCAACUCAGUCACUGAACCACUUUUAAAGGAAUUGGUUAAAGUGUUAAAAACUGCUUAAUGUCGCUUUAAAAGCGCUACAAUGUUGGGAAACUUUGCUGCUUCCCAGAGAAAAUUCCCAGUGAUCCAUGAAGGCUAAUGGGUUAUAAAUACAUGUAUGUACCUUUUAUGCAGAUUGAGUUCACACCUUCUGUUAGUGUGAAAUCUAUGCAGACGCCUUUGUGAAUGACAUCACCUGAGUGGUGUUUGGUGUAAAGAAAGCUCUCUAGCAGCCUCGGGGGUGUAAAAAUAUUUCUUCUAUUUUUGCUUUUUUUGUCACCCUUAAAGUGACCGUGUGUAUUUUUCCUGGCGAUAGGGGGCAGUAGAUACCUAAAAGCUGUAUUUUUGUGUUGGAGUAAAGCCUGAUUCAUGCUUUUCCGUCCGCUCCGCGAGGGACAGACACGCACGGAUUGACGGAAGCGUUUUGCUCUCAUGCUUCUCCGUCUCCUGGGGAGCGUUGCAAAGCAAUUCCCCGGCAGGACAGCAGAGGGCGUAGCGCUGUUCUGUGGUAUCCUGUCAUGUAUCGGUCCAAGAUAGUGUGUUUAUAUUGUGUUUUCUUUGUAUAUAAGAGACUUUUUAACAAGUACAAAUUUGUCUCUCAUUCUCCUCCACCUCUUCAUGCGCUCCCCACCUCUAAACCCACGUUUCCUGUCAUUUCCAUCCACAAAUAAAACGCUUGCUGCGCAUCUUUUCACUCCUCCAGUCACGGGGAAUUAAACGUUCAUGUUUUUAGAGUUUUUUCGCGAGGUAUUCUUCAAGCUGCUCCGUGUCUGCCGCUUGUUAUCCUCGGCUCUCUUUAUGUUUUUGAGGGUGCAACGGCGGCGCCGUAGACGACAGCGGCGUCCUGACCAAUCACAAGCUUGUGUUGUCCGUCUCGACGGAUGGAUGUUUAGAAAAGAGAACUCGACUCCGUCCGUCCUUGCGGAGCUCUCCAGCAGGCCCGCGAGGAUGUUGCGUGUCUCCGCGCUGACGCAGACGCAGAAGCAUGAGUCAGGCUUUAGACCUUAGCAACAGAUCCCCAUUAGGGUCAAAAAGCCCUGGGGAAUUCAAACUUCAGCAAAAUGACAAACAUCAGACUCCCUUUCAUCAGUGGCAAUGAGUAAAGAGGUAAAUGUGUUAAACAACAACGUUCAUGAAUGGUGAAAAUUAUGUAACCGUUUGUUACAAAUCAGUAAAUGCAUUUUGUCCUCAAGGGCUCCCUUAGAGGGAAACAUUGCAUCUAAUAUGGCGUCGCCCUGAGACUUAGACUCAAUCCCCUGUGUUUUAUACCUGAUUUUUAUGGUUGCAUGUUUAGAAGCCGCCAAUAUUCUUUCAACAACUGGGCAUCAUUUAAUUAAUCUUCAACAAGCUUUUGAUGGAAAUUUCCAGAGAUUAACCAUAAAAGUUACACAUUGUCCAUUUAAAUGUUUCAGAUCAGCAAACAAAGAUAACCUGAGUAAAUACAAAAUUCAGCUUUGGAAUGAUGAUUUCAUGUAUGAAAUGAUCAAAAUGUCAUCUAACUUCUGAAACAUUCAGAUGUGAACAACUCAUCCUUGCGGCUCAGUACGCUGGACCUUAAUUCUGAAGCAGGAUGAGGAUAAACAAAGCUGGGGGCGUCAAACCGGGUAAACUUCGCUUCACAACACACUAUAGCAAUAAAACCACACUUGUAUAGAUAAGCUAGAUGUUGUGCUAUGUUUAGCAUGGUGUUUUGUCCGUUUCCAGGCGUUAAGCUCAACCAGAAGUGUGUUUGGUUCAACGAUGCAGGUGUGAACGGUGUAACCAAAGUAACAGAGUUCAAACAAAAACAAGCUGCCAAAUAUGCGACUAUUUAGUAUGUCUAGUUGCAUUCUUGUCAUUAUUGUGCUGAAAGAAGGUGGAACACACUUCUAGUUGCUGAAUUGUGCUAAACAGGGUCUAUGUUGGGGUUUCAUCCCGUAUACCCCCAAAAGUUCAUUUGCUUUGUUUGGGAAAAAAAACUAUUUUGUUAAAAAAAAUUGGGUGAAUGAGCGGGGGAUUUUUUUUUUUUAUGUUCAGUGUUAAAACAACUAUUUUUCUAACGGACAGUUGAUUUCUCUUUACUCUGUGCAGGUGAGUUGUGUUGAGUUGAGUCCGUGUGGUAGAUUAGGAGAGCCACGAGUGAGAGAACAUCACCAACACUGUGUCCACUUACUGCUACCAUCAAGCGUUGCCCAGACAAUGAAUGUAGCCAAAUACUGGGCCGAGUUUAGCCCUCGCUUGGUGCUCCAUAUCGAAUGGUCUAUAUUGUGAUUCUAUUUUUGUAACUGAAUAUGACGGCAUAGUUUGGUGAGCUGAGUCCGAAAGCGUGGUCCUUCGAGUAAUAGCCUCAAGUAUGAAAGGCGGUGAUGUAACUGAACACUCAUGCCAGGGUAUCCGCGGGCGGGUCCUUAAAAAGUCUUAAAUUAGCUUUUCAACAUUUAAGGCCUUUAAAAUCCUUAAAAAUGACAAAUAAUCCUUAAAUACAGUUUCCAAAGGUCUUACUAAACAAGAUUCUUUUAUUUCUAUAAAAAUGUUGUGAAUUUCUAGUUAGUGUUCAGGAUUUUUGUGUGUGAUGUUGCCGUAAGCGGAACCGUACACAUUCAGCUGGUUGUGAAAGGGGGCUAUUUUUAGAUGAGCACAUUAGCUGGUUAAGCUAGCGGGAGCUUGCGCCAUGGGGAAGUUUAAUGGUAGCUGGAUGGCUAAUCCCACGUUCGCGACGUGGUUAGCACCGGUUCCAGGCAAUAGCUGGAAAUUAUAGCUUACAUUUAAUUAUAAAAGUAGCUUAAAUUUGGUCAAAGUGGCCUUAAAAAAGGUCUUAAAAAGUCUUAAAUUUGGCUCCCUUAAACCCGCAGAUACCCUGUCAUGCUAACGUGUGCUUAGCAGACACACAUUUAGCCACGACUCAACACAUCCAGAUACUUUGCACACUGUUUUUUCAAACUUGUUUUCACAGAUCAAGUUGUCUUCCAAGUCCUCGGUUGAUCAUUUAGUUUGAAGCUGUUUUUUUUAUUAUUAUAGCAAAAUAAAAGUAAAAAGUGUUUAGGACAUCCUUAUACUUGAUUACUCAACAGAUCUUUCUAAACGAGACAGACCUCUUGUACUACUAUGCCGAUGUUUCCACCUAUCAAAUGUGUUCAUGCUAACAUUUGUUCACAUUGUGUCCUCAAACACAUCUCUUAACAUUUACAAGUAACAAAAACAAGAAUUGUGUAAUCAGAAUGUGACAUUUUCCAUGUGAACUCUGAAUAUAAGAUGUACUGUGUGGUGAAUAUAAGUGAUGUGUUGAUAAUUAACUGUAGCUCAGGAUUAGUGAUCUCAGACUCAGCUGUGAAAGUGGUAUUUCAGCCAUUUUAAUCACAGUUUUCACAAAGAAACCUGUAAGAGUAAAAGAAUCACUCCUUCCUGUUGUAGAUGGCUUUCUGCACAUCAAGACUGAUAAGCUAAAGGCUAGUCCAAACCUGCCACGAUCAAAGUCGACUGCAGAUAUUUUAAAACCUUUUUUUUUUAAUUGGGAUUUUUGGCAGUAAAAUGUAUGUAUUACUGGAUGUACUACAAGUAUUACCUUUCAUUGGUGCAGGUAAUACUUACACUGGUAAAUAACUACAGAAUUCCAUUUCAGGCUAAAUAUUCCUGCUUCAUGAUUGGUCAAACCAUGUCAGUGGCCUAUUGGCAUAGUGUCCACCCUGGGACUGGGAGACGAGGUUCAAAUCCCGGUCGGUUCAUACCAACGACUUUAAAAAUGGGACCCAGUGCCUCCCUGGUUGACACUAAGCUUUAAGGGGUUGGAUUGGGGGGGGUUAAACUCCAAAUAGUUCCUGAGCACAGCCAUUGCUGCAGCUCACCUCUCCCGCAGGGAAGGGUCAAAUGCAGAUAUAAUUUCACCAGUGUGUGAUGGUGACUAUGGGACUUUGUGAAACCUUUAGAGGUAUUUCACAGAUGAAAUAGUGACUCGAAACUGUGGGAAAGAUGCUGGAGAACUAGCUGCGCCUCAUUUCUGUAGCUAUGCACACUGGCUGUUCUGAACACUAAGGAGUAGAGCUUCUCCUAAAUGGAAUGCAGCCCUUAUUAAAACAUUAAUGAGUAGGCUUGUACGUUAGGUCUUGGUGGCCGUUCAGGAUCCCGUCUACAACAGGUAAGACUGGAAUGUUCAGAGUAGUUUAAGGCCUGAUGGAAGCCCGAUGAAGACAUUUGGAAUCAAACAACGUUUUUAAAUAGCUAAACACACAUCUAAGUUAUUAAGUGAGAAAAGCAGACACACCUUUGAUGAACUUUUAGUCUGACUGGUUCUCACGUGCUUGUUUUAAAGCUGCUACUGAGCAUGUGAGACGACUGCUGCAUCUGAACAAUUGAGAAGUGGGCCAAUCCUGUUUGUGCAUCUAAAACUAUGUUUAUAAAAAACAGGCAGGGAAUGAAAUCCCUCUCAGCUGCCUUUAUUAAUCAUGUCAAAUCUAAUAAAUCCUGCUUAUGAAGAUAUAUAUUUACAUAUAUCUGCGUAUAAACAACAUGUUGGCAUGUGGAUGGAUGAACCCUUGCAGCACCUUUAUAUCUGCUUCUUGUUUUCUUUUUAGCAUUUUUACCUUUUCUUUACUUUUCAACUAGUUGUUUUACUGGUGUUUUAGUUUAAAAUGUUAGUUUUGGUGAAAACUUUACACUGUUGUUUAAUACCACCAGAGAUACCACAAAAUCAUCCCACGUGUACUUUUGUGAUCGUAUUUAUCAGUGACCCUUAAUUCAGGUGGCGAGACCUAAACCUCCUCAACUUCUAGACUCUCCUUCACCGAGGUGAGUUGUAGCUAACGUAUAACACAGCGUGCAAACCUCAAAAUGGAACAAUGCAUUCCUUUGACUUAAUCUCAUGUAGUGGUUUUGUUUUGUAUUAUUUCAGAUGUUCUUCUGUACAGUCUGGUGCACAGACAAUCGCUAUACACAUGUCAAUAAACCACAUUAAAAAAUAAA